AUGUAUUCUCUGAUCACCAAGAUCGGCGCCCUUGCUGUGGCCUCGCUGGCAACCCAAGCAGUAGCCAUACCCUCAAACAACAAGCCUGAUCCUUUCUCGAAUGCUUCCUGGCCUCUGCCUCAUAACAUAACUGGCGUGUCCAAUCCUGGAGCUAAUCAGAGCUACGAUGGUUGGGGUGGUGUUCAUCUACACGACCCAUCGAUCGUGAUGGGCCCUGAUGGCCAUUAUUACUCGUUCUCAACCCAUGGAUUGGUUGUCAUCAGCCGAGCUUCACAGCCUAACUCUCUGGAUGGCUACUGGGAACCUAUUGGCUCGGUUCUCAAGAGUUCCAGUAUUAUCAACAACACCGGAAGCACCGACCCUUGGGCUCCUGAUGUACACAAGGUCGGCGAUACAUACUACUGCUACUACGCCGUCUCGCAAUUCGGCAGCCAAUUUUCUAGCAUUGGACUUGCUACUUCAAAGACACUGAGACCUGGUAGUUGGACUGAUCACGGCGCCGUCCUCACUUCGAACACCACUGCACCUUCGCCAUUGAACAUCACCAACGCAAUCGAUGCGAACCUNUUUAUCGAUCCGAAGACCAAGAUCCCUUAUCUCACCUACGGCAGCUUCUGGAGCGACAUAUGGCAGUUCCAGCUGGCCCGAGACUUGCUUAGCGUGGUAUGGUCCCCCUCACCUACACAGCUGAGCUUAGAUCCCGUAAGCCCGCAGGCAGAAGAGGGCGCGUACUUGAGCCAGCAUGAUAGUUGGUACUAUCUCUGGUACAGUCACGGCUCAUGCUGUGGCUACAAUGUCUCUGCCCUACCUGCACCUGGUCAGGAAUAUUCCAUCCGUGUUGGUCGCUCCAGAUCAGCCACUGGACCUUUCGUCGAUCGCAACGGUGUAGAUCUUAAGAAUGGUGGCGGAUACAUUGUUUAUGGCAGCCAUGAUUACGUCUACGGUCCAGGUGGUCAGGCUGUUCUGACGAACUACCACGGACGUGAUGUCUUGUACUACCACUAUGUCAACACCAUCCAGAACCCUUUGUACCUCGACGAGCUCAAAUUGCUGGGAUGGAAUUACAUCAACUAUGUACAAGGAUGGCCUGUAUUGGUAUACAACUGA